AUGCAAACUGGAUUCAGUAACAUAUCCAUUUAAGGCAAAUAAUUAAAAUUAGAUCAAUCAAACUUAUUCGGGAACACCGUGCCUUAGCAAAAAGUCUUCUCAAAGGCCCCAAAUCUCAAUACUAAUGAAAUCAAGCAAAUUGUGGAUGGACUUAACCGACCACCUUUCAUGUGCAAUCUCUCUCUAGUCGAAUUCGAUGAUAAGCCUCCACUCCUUGGUCAUUUGGAUGCUCAGCAUCUGGCAAUCGAUAUCCAGAAAGAAACAUAAGACAAGACUUAGGAAAGAAUAUGCGGUUUCCUCAAAGUUCUUGGCUAUCCAUCAGAUUACAAUCCAAACUUUAUGAGAGACGUUGUGCAUGGUGAUAAGAGAACUGUACAUCAUAUUCUUCACUGGAUCAUCAGCAGAAUGUAAGAACUUCAAAGAAAAGCAUACACUGCUAAAUUCUUGGUCCCACUAGCCAUCCCUGACGAGUUCUUAGUAGACGAGGAUAUGAGAGAAACCUUCCAAAUUUACAAAGAUCUGUAAGCUGAGUUCCAGGCAACACAUUUGAACGUGGAAGGUCUUAGAUAGGAAUCAAUGAACCCAGCAGAUCUAAAGAAAGAAAUUCAAUAACUUGAACAGGAAAAAGAAUAACUGCUAACAAAGAUUAAUCUUUUCAAGAACAAAAGCAACAAAGAAGACUUCUAAGCUCUAUUGGAAAGCACCUCAAAGCUAAGAAAAGAAUAGGAAUAAGAUGCAAAGCUUAACGAGAAGGAAAGAGAACUCAACAAUAUGAUCGAAUUCUUCGAAUCUCAACUUUUAACUGUGAAGCAAAGAUUCUUCGAUAUUAAGAAAAUGUACAGUGACAAUGUUACUCCUGAUAAAAUGUUGGAUAAUCUCAGAAUAGAAACUAAAAGAAACAGAGAACUCUGCUAUGAUAUUCUUGGUAGAGAGCUUUAAGAUAAGCAAGAUAGGCUCUAGAGAAUCGAACUCGUACUUCAAGAACCAAUGACAACCUAAAGUGAACUUGAGAGAUUAACUAACGAUGUUAAGAGACUUCAAAGAGAAUGCCAACUUCUCGAUGAUAAAAUUAGACAGAAUGCUCCAGCUGAUGACAAAUUAGCUAUUUAUAAGAGUUAGGCUACUGCUGUCUCAAAGAAGAAGGAGUAAAAGUUUGAUGAGGUAAAGAAGCUAGACACUGAAAAAAUCGCUCUUGAGAAAUUGAUGAAUGACAAAGAAUCAGAAUAUGCUAAGACUAGAGGUGGAAAGUAUAUGAAGAGAGAUGACUUCAAGCAAUAUGCCGCUAAUCUCAGAGGGAAAAAUGCCCAAUAUAAACAAAUGAAAAAGGUACUAGGUGAAAUUAAGUCUGAAGUAACUGUCCUCUCAAGAACAGAAAACAUCUUAAAGAGCAGAGCAGAUAACUUAGAUGAGUUCAUGAGAGAUCUUGAGAAGUAAAGAGGCAUCAGUGGUAUCCAGGAUGUUCAAGACAAACUUGUUCAUGUUUCCGAGACCAACCAAAUGCUAAAUAACAAGAAGGAAUCAACACUUCAAGAAAUCACUACUGUUGUUCAGCAGAUUGAAAAUGAAGUGAAGGACAAGAAGCAAAAGCUUGCACCAGAGAUCAAGAAACUAAGAGGAUUUAGACAGAAGUUCUCUGAGCUCGAGGCUAUUUACACUGAAAAGAAGAAGCAUUAUGAUGCUGUUGUUCAAAAUCUUGAUCAAGAAAAGAACAAGCUUGAAGAUGAGGUCAAGCAACUAUUCGAUGAAUACAAAACUGAGGAGUCUAAGUUCCAUCACAAUAACAUUCAGAAUGAAAUCUAUGACGCAUUCCUCAAGAGAAUCGGAAACGAGGCUAAAUUCCUAAACACUCCAGACAAGAGACUUAGCAAUGAGUUCAAGAGCUACUCUGAUUUCUUCAAUGCUAAGUUGAGACAACAAGAGAAUAUUAUGAAGGAUCUCAAGAGUCAUCAAAGACAUAUCAAGGAUAACAGUGAAAACUAUGCGCUUUAAGUAAAAUUAUUCAAGGAUCUUAGAUCUCUUUUGGAAAUCAAGAGAAGAACCUUGAUGCAAGGUAAUGGAGAUGGUAUGGUUGGUUAUUAGGAUACUCAAGCUAGAGGAUUCGAUAGAUUCGUUGUUAGAGACUGA